UAUUUCUUUCAAAAAUAAAGUAUGUUUCUAAAUUCCCUAUGUGUAUAGUUCCUCUAGUCACUAUAGAAUACGUUUCCAUAUCUCCUCUUGUAAUUGCAUGAUUCUAUGAUUCCUAAUUCCCUAGUAGAAAUUGCGCGCGAAUUGAUGAUGCAUGAUAUUACGGAGUUUAGGGCAGAUUAUCCAUUAUUUGAGUUUGAUCUUUGUGAACAAUCUUGCAUUGAAAACGAAAGAUCUGAAUAUUAGACUUACAAUGAAGAAAGUAAGUCAGUCUGCUAAGAGCUACUCAAAUAAUGGCACAAAACUUUCUCAGAAGAAAAUAUCAGUUUAUUUUACAAAAGGUAUAAGUAAUAGCAGUACAAUGAAUAGUACAAUUGAAAUCAAUGCCGUAAAUCGUGAAACACCAAGAAAGAGAAAGAUUUCAAAAGAUACAGAUUUAACACGAGUUAAAAUUGCAAAAUGUGAUAAUAUUUCAGAUGCAUGUAGCAUAAAAAGCAUACAUCAAACUCCAAGAAAACAAAGACUUGCAAUUGGAAAUAAAGACAAUGUAAUUGAUAUAUUCAAUAGCUCUGGUAAAAAUAACGAUACUGACAUGGUUAUAAAUGAAACUAUAUCUGAAGACAUUUUUAUAACAGAAUAUGAUUGGAAGGAAAAUAUAGGUACCAAUGAAUAUAUAAGCACAACGUGUAAAUCAAACAAAAAACAAAUAAUGGAAAAGAAAGCACUAUUACAAGAGAUUCAGCCUGAUAACCAUCUGAUAAAAGAGAACAAAACAGAUCAUAUGAAACAAUCUGUGUUUGGUGAUAAAAAGCGUGAAGGAAUUCAUUCGGAAAUAGAGUCAUUUUUUACAGAUGAUUUUAAAGAUUGUUUCGAGGAAGAAUGGUGUUUAAAUACUAGCCAAAUUAAUUUUAAUUCCUUGCAGAGAUGUAAAAUUAUUGAUGUACAAAGGGAGUACAAUAGCAUAUUGUUAACUGUGAACCAAGAAGACUGUGGAACAUCUGAUACAACCGUUAGAUGUUCAGGUUUCUGGAAGGAUGCUAAAGUACAAAAAGAUGACAUUGUUGUUAUUCAAGCUAGAAAAGAAAACAACCAAUGGAUUAUAGAUAACAGUAGUGGCUUUCUUAUUGUUCAGCCAGAUGCAUUAAUAUCUGGGACAACAGUAUCUGGUGCAUUAUUUUGUAAAAGAAAGGCAGUUUUAAGUGAAAAGUUUAGAAAGAUGGAGAGUCUGCCUCCUUUCAUGGGAGAUUCCACACCAUUGGUUAUUGGAAGUUUAGUGCAUGAAUUAUUGCAAACCGCAAUAAGAAAAAACAUUAGUGAAGUAAGCGAUAUUACAAUGUUAAUGAAUAGCAUAUUGCAGACCACAGACACAUGCAGUUUACUUUAUGCAUCCAAGAUAUCUUUGGAGACCUGUAGGCAGCAAAUUCUCCCAUAUGUCCCAAAAAUACGAGAAUUUAUCCAACAUUAUUUGAAAGAUAAAACGCAGCAAGGUAUAAAUAAUAUAAAGAAUAACUUCAAAGGUAGAAUAGCUCAAAUUCGGGACAUAGAAGAGAAUAUUUGGCUGCCUAAAUUAGGUCUAAAAGGAAAGAUAGAUAUUAGUGCAGAAGUUAAAGUAAAUUGCAAACAAAAAAUUAUGCCGCUCGAAAUUAAGACAGGGAAGCCUUCAUUUUCUUUGGAGCACAGAGCGCAAGUUAUUCUUUACAUCAUGAUGAUGAGUCUUACAGGUCAAGACACGGAUACAGGUCUUUUACUUUAUCUUAGGGAGAAUAAUAUACAAGAGAUUAAUAGUAGUCAUCCUGAAAAAAGAGACUUGAUACUAUUAAGGAACUCCUUAGCUAGUUAUUUUGUUCCCAAAUCGAGUGAAAAAUUAUCGAAUCUAACUUCUAAAUCAGAUUUGCAGAUGUUGGAUUUACCAGAGCCAAUUAAUCAUCAUAAUGCCUGUUCGAAGUGUACUUACAAUACAUUAUGCUGUAUGUACUUGAGCAAAGAUUCAAGUAUACAGUUAUCUGAGACAAACCCACUAGUGGAGUUAGGGAAAAAAAUCUUGGAUAAAUACAAACCUAGUCAUAUCGAUUAUGUGUUGCAUUGGAUUUCUUUAUUACAGAUGGAAGAAAGUUCACAGUCGAGUAAUAAUGUAACGAGAUAUCUAUGGACAUUAAGUCCAGAAAAAAGGGAAGCAAAGAAAACUUGUAUAUGUAAUCUAAAAGUGAUAGGAAAAGUUACUGAUUGUGAUACAAAAUACAGACAUACUUUUGUUCGCUCAAAUCUCGACACACAAUUCUCAAAUAUUAAUAUUCCAUAUAUGGAAUUUUCAGAUAAUGAAUAUGUUUUAGUCAGCACAAAUACAAGAAUAAAUUUAUCUGCAGGAUUUAUAGCACAAAGGAAAGAAGAUUCUAUUACGUUAAUAUUAGAAAGAGAUGUUACCAAGUACAAUAUAAACGAAUUUUUCCACAUAGAUAAGUACUCGUCUUCCAGCUUAUUUUCCGGCAAUCUUGCGAACGUAGGAGGUUUAAUGAGUGACAGUGAAAUUUGCGAGAAAUUACGAGAUAUUGUGAUAGACAAGAAACCAGCAUGUUUUGAAAAAGGUUUGCCAUAUCCGAUCAUAAAGGCAAGUGCAAGGAUAUUACAAAAUUUAAAUAAAAUUCAGCAAAGAGCAGUUUUAAUGGCAAUAUCCGCGAAAGAAUAUCUUUUAAUUAAGGGAAUGCCAGGUACAGGAAAAACACAGACACUAGUUGCUCUAGUAGAAGUCCUGCAUAAACUAGGGCAUUCUGUGUUAAUUACUUCACAUACAAAUAGUGCUGUAGACAAUAUUUUAUUGAAACUGUUACACAAGGAUAUUGACUUCCUGAGAUUAGGAUCAUCGACCCAUCCAUCUUUAAGACAUAAAAGUGAAGCGUACGCUACAGCAAAUUGUAAUACACCGAGUAGCUUAGAGAUGGUGUAUUCUAGUAAAAAUAUUAUCGGUGUAACUUGUUAUGGAGCCCAUCAUGCACUUCUUGGAAGACGUACGUUUGACGUAUGUAUCGUGGAUGAAAGCACGCAGGUGUUGCAACCAACUGUAUUACGUCCUUUAUACAGUGCAAAGAAAUUUAUUCUUGUAGGAGAUCCUGAUCAAUUGCCUCCAAUUAUUAAGAACAAGUUAGCCAGAAAACUUGGUGCAGAUGAAUCCUUAUUUGCUCGGUUGGAUAGUGAAAAUAAUACUAUUAAGCUAACAAAACAGUAUAGAAUGAAUAAAAGUAUAAUGUACUUAGCAAAUAAGCUUACAUAUAAUGACAUGUUAGAAGCAGGUGAUACUUCUAUAGAGAAUGCUACUUUCGUUACACCAUCCAAAGAAGUAAAUGUUUUAACAAAAGAAGAAGAAUGGAUACAGAAGGCAUUAUCAUCUGACAUAAGUGACUCCAUAAUCGUAUUAAACACGGGAUGUACCAAUAAAUUAAAAGAAAACUAUAACUUAAGUGAAAAAGGAUAUCUAGAUAGCGACGAAGUAAACUCAAACAUUUGGGAAGCUGUUAUAGUGUCUAAACUAGUGAAAACAUUUUUAAAGGUGAAUGCGAAACUUGAAAAUAUUGGCAUUAUUGCGCCAUUUAGAGCGCAUGUUAGUUUAUUGAAAAAAGUUGUUGCGGAAGAUAUAGAGAUAAAUACUGUUGAUCAAUAUCAAGGACGCGAUAAAGAGAUCAUAAUUUAUUCGUGUGCUAAAAGUAUAACUAACUUUAGUGAUAUAAGAGAGGAUUUAGAAGUACUAGGGGACCAUCGACGAUUAACUGUGGCUAUAACUAGAGCAAAGCAUAAGUUAAUUGUCGUAGCGGAUAAGAGAACGAUAUCUCAAUAUUCGGCCUUCAAAAAAUUAUUUUAUUUAAUUGAAAAUAAAAAUAUAAUAGAUUUAGAUAAUAGCUAUAAUGGGUUUUGCUGGAAAAAUCUUCUACGUAUUUUGUAAUAUAUUUUAUUACCUUUUUAUACGACAAAUUUGUUACGGCGAAGAAUUGCAUAAAAAAAAUUUGUUGAUUUAUAAAAGGAAGCUGCAUGAAUAUGGAUGAUAUUUCAAUUUUAAUAAGAUUUUAUGUCUACGUGGAAUGUUUGAUGUAUUAUUUUAUUUUAUACAUGUAUCAUGAAGAGUUGAUAAUUAAGAUAUGUGUUUGAUUAGAAACUUAUUGUUUUUACGUUUACCUUGAUUAUAGAACAAACAUCUUCGAUCAUACAUAAAGUUAUUGACCUUAACGGAAAUCAAUUGAGAUAACAAAUAAUGUGUUAUUUUAAUUAUAAAUAUAGAUACUAUAUCAAGAGUAUUAGAUAUCAUGAUAAGAUAAUGAUUUCAAGAUAUUUAAUGGUUCAAUAAGAUGUACAAUCGGUUUAUUUACAUAUUGUCCAAUUCAUUUUUUGAAACUUAAUGGUAUUCGCUAAAUAAUCAGUAAUCUUUUUAAUUAAUCAGUUUGUAAUAUAAGCAAACGCAUGAAUUUCAUUAGAAAUCAAUGUCUGUCUAAUGAAAAAAGCUUGUAUCUACUCCAGAUUAGAAUAAUAUUUAAUGCAAUUGAAGAUCAAUGAUUGAAGAUUACAAUUAAAAUAUCUUAUAAUAUAUAUUAUAAAUUAUAUUAUGUAAGUAAUAUAUAGUAUAAUAUUUAUAACAUAUAUAAUGCAAUAAUGUAUAAUAUAUAUAUUAUACUAUAUGUAUUUAUAAAUAACUUACACACAAUCGCAAUUAAUGGUUACAGUAGACAUUUAAUCUAAAAAGUUAUAUAGUUUUUUGAGAAGUUUCAAUGCAGGUUCAGAUAUAUUCGUGAGCUGCUGCAUACAAAAAGGUCUAAAACAAUUAAGAUAGUUCUUACAAUAAAAUUAUCUUUAAUUUUUUUAA